CCCCACUCGAUGACUACCGAAGCCCAAAGGCCUCCGCGGCGUCUCGGCUAGUCGCCUUUCCAUUUUUACCCCCUUCUCUCUCCUCUCCGGCCGUUGCCGUUGCUCCGCGCCGCUCUCCUGUCAGUAGCCGCUGCCGCCGACGCUGCAAGUGUGAGUCUGUCGCCGCGGCCAUGUUCGCCUGGAUCCUCCGCGGCUGCCGCGACGAGUGCUCCGCCUCCGACCAGCUCAAGCAGCAUGUGCUGGCUCUGCAGGCUCACGAUGUCUUCAAGGCGAAAGAGGUGGUCCUGCAAAAGAAGAUCUCUCAAGAGGUGGAACGGGCCAAGGAGUUCACAAAGUCGGGAAACAAGCAGGCAGCAAUGCAGUGCCUGAAGAGGAAGAGGUACUACGAGAGUCAAAUGAACCAAGUUGGAAGCGUUCAGCUGCGCAUUAACACCAAGGAGAGAAUGAUCGCUGAUCACACGGGCAACAAAUAACACAAAAGUAAAUGAUGACAGUUUGUAUAUCUGAGCAGCUACGUUAACCUCUAAAACAGCAAGCCGGCAAGCCGACUCUAUCAUGUAUUUUUAACAUAGAGAUAGCCUUGUCCUUUUCUUAUCGUUCAGUAAACUACAUUGUAAACACUGUCCUGCCAUUUUGCUCCUGAUUUUCCUGAACUUUCUGUUCUGCGUAAUGACAUUUGUGUGAAUGUUUUCGACC